GUUGAGAUAAGUAUAGAACGGAUUUUUCUACAGCAGGAACCACAGCCAGAGAAUUAUCUCCAGGAUUCUUACACUUUUUACGUAUGAGUUGCAUGGGCUCUUUUGGUACCGCUACCGUACUGCAAGGGCCGCUACGCAACUUCUUUGAGCAGACGACGUUUGAUUCUAUCUACUCUCCAGCGCAGCAUGACUCUUCUACAACUACAGUCGUUGCGCUAAGUAAUUGAACUUUUCAUUUUUCAACCGCGAACUUUUUUCCUGGAUCCGUUUCUCAAAUAGACGACAAAGCUAGAGUGUGAAAAAAUGUUUAUCCAACUUCAAGAACACCGGGACCGGCCUACAGAGCCAGAUAUUUGAUGAACUGCUAGCCGAAAUAUAGUGACAGAUAUCUUCGCGAUCCUGAACUUAGUAAAAAUCAAAGUCCUACAUACCUCAGGACAACUCGACGAAUAUUGAAGCUGCCAGAACUGCUAGUGAAGAUAGAUUUUCACACCGAUUCUCUAGUUGCAAACAAUUAGCGAGCCUUUUUUUGAGUCACGAAGGACGACGUCCAAAUAAAUCGACGAAAGUGCUGUAGAUGAACCAACAGCGACAGAAUCUGUACAAAAAUUCUGAAAAUGAUUCUUCUCAGAGACCACCACAACGACAAUAUGAGUGUAGGCACGUACUACCACCCUCAGAGAGCUGCUUUUGAGAAUAUAGAAUGUCAA